GGACUUUAUUUUGAAGAGUCGGUCCCGGAAGCUGUGUUUGCGUGUUGGCGCAGCUUGACAGCGCCCCUGGAGACGCCGAGCGGCCAGAAGGAGGAGGUGAUCGCGUCUCCUGCCUGCAGCUUGGUUGACUAACAGCACCAACGCCCAUAAAGUGGACCCAUCCAGGAAAUGAAGCCACUUUCUAGCAGAAGCGCCGCUUCGUCCCGUUAACUCAACGACUCCCGCAGCGCCCCGCACCGCACCGCCACUCUUUUCUCCCGCACACUCCCGUCCUCCUCUCAGCAUCCUCCUCUCCACUCAGCUGCUGUUUCAACCCGGUUCGGUCCAAUUUAGGUGUAUUUUCCUCCAGAACCAUGACGACCCAGAUCGAUAAAGAGGCCUGCAGAGAAGCUUACAACCAAGUUCGAGACGACAACACGGAGACCAGCUGGGCUGCGUUCAAGUACGAAGGCUCCACCAUCGUCCCGGCGGGCGUGGGGACCGACUACCAGGACUUCAAGCAGCUGUGCACAGAUGACAUCCCUCUGUUCGGCUUCGUCCGCUUCACGACGGGCGACGCCAUGAGCAAGCGGGCCAAGUUCACGCUCAUCACCUGGAUCGGCGAGCGCGUCGGCGGCCUGCAGCGCGCCAAGAUCAGCACCGACAAGACGCUCGUCAAGGACGUGGUGCAGAACUUUGCCAAGGAGUUCAUGAUCAGCGAGCCGCGGGAACUGGAGGAGGAAUACUUGUGCUCCGAGCUGAAGAAGGCCGGCGGCGCCAACUACGACGCUCAGGCCGAGUAGAGGAGGUCCAGUGGAGGGAACCGGGUCGGGGAACGGGGCGCGGUUGGACACGGGGUUUGGGGGGAGGGAGUGUUGGGGCGGGGCUGCUACCUCUCAGGAAGGGAGAGAGCACAGAUGACCACUAAACCUAGAUUUUUACACCGCUUGAUGAAAACUUGAUCCUACAGGAAACGCCAUCUGCUUCGUAUCGUCUGCCAGGUGCUUAUAUCCCCACUUUAACCUGUUGGUACCAGAAACAACAUUCUGCACCUGCUAAAGGAAGAGCUAUUACUGGAGAAGCUGGGAUUAGUGAGCGCUAAAUGCUAGCCUAGCUUAUCUUAGCACCAAAACUGGAAAUCGGGGAUCCAGCCUGGAGCUUCGGUCUUAGGUUUAUUUUGUUUCCAUCGGUCUUAUAAAAAAUGAUUCUCACCCAUUUCUUCCACUUCUUUAUGUAAAGCUAACACUGUUAGCUGAAAAUGCUAAUGCUCUGACAAAGCUAACAGCUGAAGCCCCAAGGUCUUAAAGGGAUAGUUCAUGUUC